UGGCUCUCGAGAUGAGUCACGGUCAGUGCGGCGGUAAGAUGCUAAGAGCGUGAUUGGUUUUUAAACCUGAAAUGAAUCCUUUCUGCACCGGCUGAACAGUUUUAACCUUCCAGAUGGACUCAGCACUCACGGUGUCCGUCCCUCUUCUUGGACUGGCUCUUGUCCUGCUCUCCUUCCCCGAGCACGCUUCACUGAACAGAGAAUUUGACAACACCUCAGUAGUUCCAGGAACUGUGUAUGUGGGAUCUGUGUUUGUGAAGGAGGCUCUUCAGAGGGCCAUUGAGCUCACCGAUGCUGCUUACGCCCGCACAAGCGAAAGGGUGAAGAAGUCUCUGUCUGAAGGCGCCCUGAGACCCAGUGACCUGCUGGCUCAGUUUAAACAGACUGAAGCAAGAACCAGGACUCAGAUCUGGGCUGCGGAACUGCUGGACAACACAGUGGAGCUGAUCAGAGAGAUGGUCUACACUCACACAAUGGUGCAGCCCAACCAUCAUGAGCUGCUGAGUGAUGGAGAUGUGGAGAAUCUGCUGCAGGUGACGGGCUGCUCUGCUGAGCUGCAGAGACCCAGCUGUGACUCCGACUGUCUGUCCGAGCGCUACAGGUCCAUCACAGGAGAGUGCAACAACAGACAGCAUCCCAGAUGGGGGGCUGCAAACAUCCCGUAUUCCCGCUGGCUGCCUCCAGAGUACGAGGACAUGUGGGGGACGCCCAGAGGCUGGGACCCAGAGCACACAUACCAUAACGCCAGCCUGCCUCCAGUGCGGCUGGUGUCUCAGGAGGUGCUCUUCACUCACAAUGACAACAUCUCUCUGGACUCCACUCUGUCCCACCUGCUGGUGGAGUGGGGUCAGUGGAUAGACCACGACGUGGUGCUGACGCCUCAGAGCCCCAGUACAGCCGCCUUCAGGACAGGAGCUGACUGCACCCACACCUGCAGCCGGGACACGCCCUGCUUCCCCAUACAGAUCCCUCUGUCAGAUCCUCGCAGUGGCAUCCAGAGCUGCAUGCCUUUCUUCCGCUCUGCUCCCAGCUGUGUUGCUGAAGUCUUGUCUCAUCGCCACCGAGAGCAGCUCAACGCCAUCACCUCCUUUGUAGACGCCAGCAUGGUGUACGGCAGCUCCACCAGUCUGGCCCUGGCUCUGAGAAACCUCUCCUCUCCUCUGGGCUCCAUGGCCCUCAACUCCCAGCACUCAGACCGGGAGCUGGCCUACAUGCCAUUCCUGCCGCGUCUGCAGGCUCACCUGGACCCCUGCGGCCCUCGAAACACCACCGGCUCGGGGGCAUCGGACAGAUCCGAGCGCCAGGGGAACACCACGUCCUGCUUUCAAGCUGGUGAUUCCAGAGCUAAUGAGCAUCUGGGAAUGAUCGCGCUGCACACGCUGUUUCUGAGAGAGCACAACCGGCUGGUUAAAGAGCUGCACCUGCUCAACCCUCACUGGAGCCCUGACACCCUUUAUCAGGAGGCCCGCAAGAUCAUAGGAGCCAUCCAUCAGAUCCUAACAUGGGAGCACUACCUGCCACGGGUCCUCGGUGAGGGCGCCAUGUCUCGUCUCAUGCCUCCCUACACGGGCUACGAUCCCGAGGUGGAUCCAAGCAUCGCUAACGUCUUUGCAGCCGCUGCGUUUCGCUUUGCUCACGUCACCGUGCAGCCGGUGGUGGCCAGACUGGGACCAGGAUACACCACUGACUCCCAGCAUCCCCCGCUGCCUCUGCAUCAUUCACUGUUCGCCUCCUGGAGGGUCGUGCAGGAAGGUGGUAUAGACCCUGUGCUGCGUGGUCUGCUGCUGUCUCCGGCCAAGCUGCAGACUCCAGGUCAGAUGAUGGUGGAGGAGCUGACAGAGAGGCUGUUUCAGGCACAGGGAGGGAUGCCUCUAGACCUCGGGGCCCUUAACCUCCAGAGGGGCCGGGAUCACGGCCUGCCAGGAUACGGCUCGUGGAGAAGGUCCUGCAGCCUUCCUGUUCCCAACACCACAGCAGAGCUGGCUGAAAUCCUGAGUAACUUCACUUUGGCUCACAAAUUCCAGCUCCUGUACGGGACACCACACAACAUCGACGUGUGGGUGGGGGCCAUCUCUGAGCCCGCUCUGCCCGGAGGUCGAGUUGGACCGCUCUUGUCCUGCCUGCUGGCGAGACAGUUCAGAGCGCUGAGAGAUGGGGACAGGUUUUGGUGGCAGAGGGAAAGUGUCUUCACCAGAGCCCAGAGGAGACACCUCCACUCCGUCUCUCUGUCCCGCAUCAUCUGCGACAACAGCCACAUCACUCACGUCCCCGCUGACCCGUUCUCUCGCACCGAGAGGCCAGAGGACAUGUUGGCCUGUUCACACCCUCUCAUCUCCCAUCUGGACCUCAGCCCGUGGAAAGAGUCAGACGCAGAUCCCAGCUGUGGUCCGAUACCCAGGAUUCAAUCUGGCUACUCGCUGCUCUGCGACUCUGUGAUUCUGUACCAGUGUCACUCUGGCUUCAAGCUGCUGGGGUCGUCAUCUGUCAGAUGUGAUCCAAACAGCCAGCAGUGGAGCCCUGCCCCCCCAACAUGUCAAGAUAUGAAUGAGUGUGAGGAACACAUGUCUCCCUGCCCACAAAACCUGGAGUGCCUCAAUAUACCAGGUUCCUUUAUUUGCUCAGAACCCUCCUCGCUGUCUGUCGUCUCUGUUGUCACUGCGGUGAUAGUAGUGAUCGGCGGUGUGGCCGCGCUGCUGCUGCUCAUGUUUUGUUAUCGCAGAUAUUUCCCCAAGAAAGAAGAGUUGGUCAAUGCUGGAUGUUGCCAAGGGAAAAGUUAAGUUAGUAGUUUGGUCAGUUUUUGUUCUAACAUUCCUCCUUCCUAUUUUAUAUAAACAUUAUUUUACUGUCUUCAAUAUCAUCUGUGGGCUUUGUGAGCCUGUUUUUAACUUUCUGUAGUAAAUAUUUUGUCUUGUUAAUUUAUAAUAGCCAUAAACACACUACGGCUGGACAAAUUAUUAUUAUUUUUUUUACUUUAAUAGGUAUCCCUGUUGUUGACCUGUUCAUGUGAUUGCAUGUUUUGUCCUCUGAUUACACGUUAUGUUACUGACCAGUCUGACGCUGCUCACCUAUUAACUACAAGUCAAACUGUUUAUUAAGGUCUAUUAUUAAGGUGGUACUCUGUGUGAUGAGGCCAUGAAAACAGAACAACAAGCUUACAAAAUUGCUUUCAAUCCGGAAACUAAAAUCUUACUGGAAUGUCUGCUCCAAAAACACAUUGUCAAGCCCCUCUGAGCAGGAUAUGGUCUCAGUAUCCCUGUGCCUGGUUCCUGCUUACAAGCCAAUUAGGCGUCUGUGUGUGUGUUUUGGAGAGUUUUGUAUCAGGGAGCCAGGCGGUUCCUAGCAAUGAUCUUAAUCUAAAGCCAAAUCAGUGUUGUGCCCUGACAGAAAUAGGUCUUUGUGCCAUCUGGUUGUACUAGGUUAGAAUGAAUUACAGUGAUGAGUCAUUGUUCCCAAAUUUCAGUCUAAACUUUACAAAAGGCCACAAAAACUGAUGAAACAGUCAAACCAACUAAUGCAUUUACCUGCUAUCAGAUUUUGUUCAAACAAGAUUUAUAAAACACAGGCAGUACAAAGGUGAUGGAGUCAGGCUACAAUGCCUCGUCUUUAAUGGAGUGUUGAUACUGGAAGACACAUUAUUUAUCAGUACACUGAGGUUAGGAACCUCAAAGCCCUAAAUAAGGCUAAGAAGCAGUUAUUGCACUUUCUGACAAAAUAUUCUUCAUUUUUACCUUCAAGAGACCACUUUCUGUAAAAACUGUCUGUUACUAAGAAUAAAUCUAUACUAUGAGGUACAACCCAUAUACAUUGCAUAAUAUGGCUAUGUACUGCAUUCAUGCAAGGUCAUUUAUGGCUUUUACUGUAUGUACAUACUGUUCAUUGCAGAUGUGCAAAACUACAGUUGUGCAUAUUGCAAUCACUUUAUUAAAGCUUGUUCGUUUUCUGACUAUACUGUAAAACUGUCACUACGUUGACGUGGAUGUGUCAUAACUAAUUCAUGAAUAUAAUAUAUGGUUAUGAUGUACGGGCCAGGCUAACAUGAAGCUGUUUCCUUUGUGUUUUUAUAUGAGGCAUCUAGAACAGGUAGUGCAGGAGUGCAUCAACUGCUGAGACAAAAGGUUUUGGCUGCGUAUUUGAGCCAAUAUCUGAAAGUAACAA